AUGCCGAAGGUAGUUUCGCGCAGUAUUGUUUGUUCUGACACAAAAGAUCAAGAGGAAUACAAUGAGGAGAAGCCGUUAAAUAUAUAUUACUGCCUGUGUGGCAAAAUGUCACUGAUUUUGGAUUGCACAUUAGAUCAGUUGCCGCUACGCGAAUUGGACAAUGCGCGAGUUAUCGACGCCAACGACCAUGCCAACAAAUUGACCUUUAACCCAGCCCCAAACAUGAUAUAUAUUUCCCGUAAGGGCAAGGGUAUUGAGAGGCAGUAUCGUUAUAAGUGUCGUAGCUGCAGUCUACCAUUAUACUAUCGGCACAGUAGCGACUCCCAAGUUACCUUCAUAAUGAACAACGCGCUGGUGCGGAACAAGGGCGAGCAACCUUUGGCCCAGCUCCUGGCAGUGGGGACAAAAAGUAAUAUAAAUACUCGAAGUGUUCCGAGUAUUGCCACAAGCGGGCCGCCAAUCACUGCUACUGCAAGUGUAGAUGAUUCGGGUAUAGUUGACGCCAGUGGUAAAAAGGUAAUGGUCACGCGUCAUACAAAAAAUAUGGGCAAGUUUAGCUCUGUUACAGUAUCCACUAUCGACGAAGAAGAGGAUGAAAUUGAGGCGCGCGAGAUUGCGGACAGUUACGCUAACAACGCGAGGAUAAUUGAGAAGCAACUUCAACGCAAAGGCGGCAAACUGGUUGAUCUUGGUGUGAAGCCAAAAUCUGAGGAAGUACAACCACCUCAAAAAAAACAACGGGGCACUCUGCUGGAGAGAUAACUUCUUAUCACGUAACACCCCUUAUUAUGUCAAAUAAACAUACACCUUCUAAAAUUUAGAAUCUAAAUAGAUAGUCUACAUUUUA